AUGCCAGAUUCACUCAAGGUGAUCGGAUCUACCGGUGGUAUCUAUGGUACACCGACUACUGAUUUGAAUUCAGUGCUAGCCGUAAUGCAAACAGCUAUGAAGAACGGUAAUGGCGGUGACAUACCCGAGAAUGAUAUCGAAGCAAUUUUAUAUGGCAUCGCACAAUGUCCGAACUGUUCGAAUUUGAUUCAUAUAGCUGACAACCAAGCCACUCCACGUGAUAUGGUUUUACUUCCAUAUGUGAAUAAACCUGUGAAAGUCAUUACUUGUCAGCUGAACUCAACACCUGUCAACCCAGCUUUGCUUACCAUUGCUGCUCAAACAGGUGGUUCUCUACACACUCUCGAACAAGAUAUUAUAAACUUAUCGAGUAUCCCGGUGAAUGGUACAAUUGUCAUUGGAGGAUAUACAUAUCAACGAACAACAAAUGGUUACAUAAGGAUCCGCUAG